CUGUCUACUCAGUGUACGCACGUUGACAGCUGAAACCGUCAACAAACCAGGAAUAAUAUUCCACCGCACCACGGUCUGCUAACCAUUCACGCUUGCGACGAAACGCGGAGAACACGUGGUCGACUAUUAUUAGCAAGACAUGUCACAUCGCGUGUGUUUUCAGUAAGUUACACAGUGUGACACCGUGGUCAACCAGAAGUAGCAGGCUUGUUAACACAGAAUAUAAAUGUUCAUUCCGAGUAACAGCGAAAACGUUAGCGAUGAGCAACAACAGAAAGUGGAGGGAAUAUACAGUGGCACUGAGUGCUACCUUGAUCACGGCGGCGGCGGGGACAACCGUUGGAUGGACUUCACCCACACUGCCAAUACUGCUGGCAGAAGAUUCACCAAUACAAACUACUCCCGACCAGAGCUCAUGGAUCGCUUCCCUCAUGAUACUAUGCUCCGCUGCCAGUCCUAUUCCAGCGGCGUACCUAGCAGACAGAAUUGGCAGAAAGAAGACCCUCCUUCUUGCAGCAGUACCUUAUAUUCUCGGCUGGAUUCUUAUUAUGCUAGCUAGCAAUGUAGCCACGAUUUACGCGUCGCGUCUAAUCUCAGGAUUGGGCUACGGCAUUGCAUACACAACGGCUCCGAUGUACCUUGGAGAAAUUGCAUCUGAUGAAGUCCGAGGAGCUAUGGCCACUCUUAUUACGGUUAUGUCAAAGUUUGGCAUUUUAUCACAGUAUUGCAUUGGCCCGUACGUAUCUAUGAUGGGGUUAGCAAGCUUCAACAUUGCAAUACCGAUACUCUUCGUGGUGACCUUCAGCGCCAUGCCAGAAUCGCCAUAUUAUUUCAUAAAAGCUGGACGAACAAGGCAAGCAGAAUUAUCUUUAAAAAAACUACGAGGCAAAGACUACAUAAGAGAAGAGCUGGAAAGCAUGACAGCUUUAGUGAAUGACAAUAUGAAAGAAAAGAGUCGCUGGAAGGACUUACUUAUAGUAGGAGGGAACAAAAAAGGUCUUCUAAUAUUACUCGGAAUAUACUUCACACAGCAGUUUUGCGGAAGCACUGCCAUUAUAUCAUACGCUCAGCAAAUAUUUGGAGCGGCUGAAGGCGGUUUAGGAGCUAAGGAAUCUUGCAUCCUUUUUGGAUCCGUACAGCUUUUGACAUCAGCAAUAUCUUCCCAACUCGUGGACAGAUUGGGAAGGAAACCACUUUUGCUGGUGUCAUCAUGUGGCGUCGGCUUGGCCAACGUCAUUAUAGGGGCGUACUUCUUUAUGAAACACGAGAACAGCGAAUACGUUGUUUCUCUUCGAUUCAUUCCUAUUAUUGUGAUACCUAUAUUUAUAUUUUCAUAUACCAUAGGAUUAGCCACAGUGCCUUUUGCUAUUACUUCGGAAAUAUUUCCAACAAAUAUAAAGUCCAAGGCCACAUGUGUUAUUCAAAUCUUUGUGGCCUUGAUGACGUUCGCGGUUACAAAAUUGUACCAAGUAGUAGCUGAUUAUUUAGGAAAUUAUGUAGCAUUCUGGGGCUUCGGACUACUGUCUGUAGCUGGUGUGAUAUUCAUUUUAAUAUAUUUACCAGAAACAAAGGGUCAAUCGUUUGCGGCCAUACAAGAGAAACUGUAUUCAACAAAUGAAAAAGUGGUGUAUGAUAAGAGAGACAAUCCAUUAGGAAGAGUUAGAAUAACUCUUUGACAUUGAAUUACACUCGAAUGAUCUCUACAUUUAUUUUAAUUGAUAAAUUUACCAUUAAUAAUAUAUUAAAUGUAAAAUACUAGGUACUUAAGAUUUUUUUACUUAAAUUAUUAUACUUACUUUCCGUCCGUUUAUUUUUGGAUCACUAUUACAUACAUAAUCGUCGUUAUGUUGUACUUACAAAUAUUAUAUCGGAUGUAUAAGUUACUUUUGUUACAAUAAUGUUUUUAAAAAUUUAGUAGUAAUCUGCAUUUUAAUAUAUAUAUAUAUUCUUUAUUGCACAAAAACAUACAGUAACAACAAUAAGUUAAUAACAAUGUUAGCAAAGGCGAACUUAUCUCUAAAAGAGAUUUCUUCCAUAAUAUAAUAUAUGCAUAUAGUGAUUCAUAUUUAAUAAACGAGACGGUAAAAUAAAUAUGCAUACAUUCAUACCUGUUACACGUGUCUCCCGUUAGGGUAAGCAGAAACAAUGGAACGCCAAAUGCUUGGAUUCAAACAAACAUUUUUCGCUUCUUCCACAUACUACUUACUUACUUUUAAUAUGUACCAUCUUCAACCAAAUAAGCAACGUGCUUAUUUGGUCGGCAUACGUCCAUCUAGGACGGCCCCUACCAAUAUCUCCAUUCAUUCUUGCUCAAUAAAUCUCUUUCGUAAUUCUUCUUUCAUCCAUUCUCUCCAUGUGGCCAAAGCAACGCAACAUUCCCUUUACGAUUUUUGUCACUACAUCGUCUUUCAGUCCACACUUCUCUCUAAUCACACUGUUUCUUACUUAAUCUUUUAUUGCAAUACCAUACAUACUUCUCAGAGCUCUCAUCCCUAAAUCAUUUAUCUCACUUUCAUGCUACUUCUGCCAUACCCACGAUUCGCUUCCAUACAUGAGUGUUGAUAUCAGUACUCCCUACGUAUAUCAUUGACCAUGAAAUUAUAAAUUUCGUUUUAAAAAUCAGAUAAGAAAUCAUAUUUAGUACUAAACUUGAGUAUCAUAAAGAACUGCAAUCGUGAGCCAUUGUUAAGAGCACAUUUAUAUUUUCUGUGUAUUGUAUGGUUCAAACGCAGUAUAGAUAUUUUGAAUAUAAUUAAUAUAUACUAUUGUAUAGUUACGUCUACUUAUAUCAACUUCCUUAUCUGAUUUAAUUGCUAUACAUUAUUACUUAAUAUAUGUUAUUUUAUACAAUGCUAUGUAAUUAAUAUAUAGUUAUAAUGGUAUGUUCUUAUGGGACCAAAAUAGACUUUUGUCUCGAAUUUACAGGUUUAUUAUCUCCUUAUAGAGGAGAUUGGGUCUGUUUGCGUAGAUUUAAAUAUUAAAAACAGACUAGUAAUAUAGGGCGUAGCGAACAUGGGUGAUAUCGCAUUAUAGUUUUUAACAUAUUUUGUGUACAUUAGUUUGUAAUAUACUAAAUAUUUUAAAUAAUAUACAAACAGGCAACACUAACAGCCAAUUACACAGUCAAGUAAAUAACUUAGUGCAAUUGUAAAAUACCUCAACAACCAGAGAUAAUUAUGUACUUGUUUAAUUUUAUCAAAAACUAAAUUAUCCCUACAAACUAAGUGAGUAAAUAAUUUUCUAUAUUUAGCUUUAAGUACUACCUAAUAUUAAUACACAGUAGUACGUCAAAUAUUCGUUUGUUCACUUCUUUUCCAGUUUAAAAUUCUGAUUUCAGUGUCUCUAACAUAACAUUUAUCAUGGAUAAAUAUCCUACAAUAAUCCUCUAAAGAUUUUUAUUACAAGAUAAAAUAAUUAGUAAAUCAGAAUAACUAGUCUACUUCUCACCGCUCCACAACAAACGUAAUUUAAUCCUGUAAAAACCUGAUAAACAAAGGGGAGGUCUAUUAGAAAUACAUGCUAAAAGUUAUAAAAACACUUAUUGCAUCUACUACUUAAAUAAUAAUUAUUUAUUUUUGAAUAUUAUAGUAUUAAAUCGCUAAUAACGGCUGAAAUGUCUGUAACAUUAGAUACUUACUUGUAUAUCGCAUAACAUGUUGUGCAUACGACAUGCAUCACAAUAUUCAUAAGUAUAUUGGUAUAUUUAAAUGUAUUUAUAUAUAAUAUAUAUAAGAUAGAAAUCUUAAUAAUAUAUCACACUACGUAAAAAUCUUGGGUAUAUCUAUCCUGUGUAUAUUUUGUUAGUCGUGGAAGCGGUGUAAAAUUUACAUGUCUUGUAAUGGUUGAAAAUAGAAUGGUAACCCCGCCUAAGCUAUUGUAGCUGGCAGGGUACCAGAUAGGGAUGACGGGGGGGGGGAUGAAACCAGGUCAGGUUAUCAUGACUAAUUCACUAGGAAUUAAUGGCGAUGUUUUCGAAGUAGGACAACGUGGAGAUCUACCUGGCAGACUGUAUUGUUAGCAUGAGAGCAUGCAAUCCUUUCUCCUUAACACAUGAGGAUCCCUUUAUACAUAUAUCACAAUGUUAUAAAACCAGAGUAUUAGGUACAGAUCAUACUAAAUCAAGGUCUAAUAUAUAAUUAUACUAUGACUAAUAAAAAGCAAUAUAAUCGCAUCAGUGUUAUAAUAAAAUAUUUUGUCUUCUCGUGUAUAUUAUAUACUUAUAUACAAAUGUUAAUACCUAAGAUGCCUUAUAACAUAAAUAUAAACAUUAUCUAAUGACCUAGAUAUUGACUUCUAUGUGUAGAAUAAAUAGAAGUCAGUGUGCAAAGAGUAAAUAAAUAUGUAUGUAAAGCACUUAUUUAUUUUUAAAAGCCUAGAAUUGUGUGAUGUUAUGAGUAUUUAUAACUAAACAAAGCAUUAUAGAUUGAGUAUAUCUAGUAUAAACUUUACGUGUACUCUCUACUAUUUUUUUAAACUAUUACGUUUUUAUUUUUCAGUUAAACGUAUAGGGUCGCUAAACUGUGAUCUUAAAUAAUAAAAUUUAUGCAAAAUAUCGUAUUUUUAUCAUUGUUUAAGUAUAGGGUAUUGUAAUUACGUGUUGUAUGUUAAAAAAUGUUUACCUAUAAAUAAACCUAUUUUCUUAAAUGCUGAGUGUCAUAUUUUAUCUACUUAAGUAUAAACGUUAGUUAUAAGUCAAAUGCAUCUGUUAUUCAUUAUUACUAUUUGAAACAAUAAAAUAUAAUAUUUUCCAAUUACACCAAACAAUUGGAUAAAUUAAAAGAA